AUGCCUGGAAAGUAUUACGGCGAAGUUACCUGUGGAUUUGGUUAUGAUAACAGUAUUGGUGAUUAUAAACUAGUGAUGAUACCAGACUAUGAAUAUACUUGCUGUAAAAUUGAUGUUUAUACAGUGAAAUCAAAUUCAUGGAGUAGUAGUAUUCAGGGUACCUUCUUAUUUCGCAGCGGUAAAGGAUAUCGUGGUGUGUUUUUUAAUGGACGUCUUCAUUGGUUGGGAGGUCUCGACACUUACGAAACGUGCUCAGAAGUUAUCUUAUCUUUUUAUAUUAGUAAUGAGAUAGUGGUGAAUAUGCUAUUACCUGAAAAUAUUAUGCCACCUAAAGAUUACUACGGAGAAGUUUAUAAAAAUGUGGGAGUGUGGGGAGACUGCAUUGGUAUAGCUUGUAUAUGGAAUUCAGUUAGGAUUGAUGUGUGGGUGAUGCAAGAGUACGGAGUGAAGGACUCUUGGAUCAUAAAAUAUACCACAACUCAACUGCCGUUGCCCUUUUCCUUGCAAGAAAUUCCGUUUUGGAAGUCACUGUGGUGCUUUAACAAUGGUGAACUUCUAGUAGAUACUGGCAAGAAAAUACUUUUAUAUGAACCAAAAACUGAAAGAGUUACAUCGGUGGUGGUCCGUGAUAUUUCUAUAAACAAUAGUCGACAGAUUUAUGUGGAGAGCAUAGUCUCACUUGGUUCUGGUACUAAUAUGGAGAAACCGAUUACAGAUGAGGUCGUGAAGAAUCCUAUGUAA